UCCCCUGCCUCCACCACCACAACAACAGAUGGAACAACUUCCACUACGUCCACCACAACCGAUGGAACUACUUCCACUACAUCCUCCACCCCCACCACCGAUGGAACUACUACUACUACAUCCACAACAACUGAUGGAACUACCUCCACUACAUCUACCCCAACUACAUCUGGAACUACAUCGACAACAACAGAUGGAACUACAUCGACAACCGAUGGAACUACCUCCACUACCUCCACAACAUCUGGAACCAUAUCCACCACAACCGAUGGUACCACAUCGACCACUACUACCAAUCCUGGUACUACAACUACAACCUCCACUAGUACAACUACUCCAUCGAGCACCACCACAACAACAACAUCACCAAGUGGAACUACGACCACAACAACCACAACAUCAACUACUGCUACUACUACUUCUCCCUCGACCACAACUUCCACAACUACUCCAUCGAGCACUACCACAACAACAACUCUUUCGUCCACCACUGGACUCAGCUCAUCAUUCAAGAUCACUCCAUCCAUGAUGUUGGUGGCCCUUCUGUGUGCCCUGGUG